AUGCCCUCUCUGAUCCCCCAUCUGCUUGUCAUCUGGCUGAGCGUCCACAGACUGGCGUGGUGCACGGAGCGCUCCUCCACACGGGAGCGCUUCAAGGUGGUCAUCGCUCCUCUCAUCUGCAAGCGGAUCUGUCUGAAGGGCCAGUGUCAGGAUACCUGCGAGCAGGGCAACAACACCACGCUGAUAGCGGAGAACGGUCAGGGGGCCGACACGCUGAUCGGACAGGGCUUCAGGGUCGGUGAGUGACUCCGUGGGGGCUCAAACAGAGCUGUUUGUUUAUCAGGGGAUGUCAUUAGGCCUCAGAGAUGGACUAAUAGUGCUGCUCUGACCCCUCUGCUUUAUUGUUUUUCCUCUGUGGGGAGGAGAGGGGGGUGUUUGUUUGCCCAUAAAUUGACUUUUAUGGUAAAUAUCACAUUAAAAAAAGCCACACACCAAGUUAAUAAGUCUAUAUCAUCUCAAUUUCAGUGGAAAUUUCACUUCUUAUUACAGUGCACCAUGUGGAAAUAUCCAUUAAAGUGUAUUCCAAGCAUUAUACUUGAGGAAACACUUCUCUGUUUUGUUAAUUUAUGCUAUAAAAAAGGCUAAAGCAUGCCAAAAAGUAUAUAAAAUCCUUUAUAUUGGAUUAAGCGAUAUAUCCCUAUGGGCUGUGUCUAAUUAGAGGUGGAAUCAAGAUUCAAUAGUAACUAUACAAUACCACAAACAGAUGCUUACUGUGGAGAAGAAUACAACAGCUUUAAAGAGAAAUGUGCUUGAGUAAACCCUGCAAACUAAGUUUUUACACUUGAAUAUUAAAAAUGAAUACAAAAAAUACAAAAAAAAGUUCUUUAAUUAAAUGUUUUUACCAUCAUUUACUCAUGGGCCUAACUUCUGUCAGAUCAACUCAGUGUGAAAAAGUACAGAUCUGACCUCUAAAAAAGUUUCCCAAAAUUGAAGUAAUUAAGAAAAGAACAGAGAGUGAUUCACAAAAUAACACUUGGGUACACAUGAUAGUUAUGGGUGAUAAAUGAUAUUUGUUGUUACCUCCAUGUGAAAGUCUUAAAAAACAAAAAAGAAAGAGCCUGUUUUUGAUUAUCGUAAGUCAACAAUAAUCACUACAAAUAAAAAUGUUUGAGUAUCUGAUUCAUGAUUCUUUUAGGUCUUUGUCCGCUCGAAAGCAGCUAUCUUUUUUUAAGACCAACAUCACUUUGAUAGCCACUGUUUAGUACAAACACCCUCACCUUAUAUCAUUAUAUUUACGUCAGGUAGUUUUAGACUCUGCUCCGUAAAUAAAUGGGCAGCUUCAGUGAGGUGAGCUGGGUUUACCUUCCACUGGCUCCCUGGAAAAUGCGUCUGUGUUACACUUUAAUUACUGAGGCAUGCUUCAUUACAUGCAUAUAAAUGUACUCUUAAGAUCUAUACUUUCCCCCUUCUCCACUCCAGUGUCUGGCUGGCUUGAGUGAAACCUUUCUGCUGUAUCAGAUCAGCUGUGGUGAGACGUGGAGCCUCAAUGUCUACGUCAGACCCCGGCCCAGAACUGGAUUUCACUAGUUCUCUUAGUCUUUAACUCACUUGAUGUAGAGAAUAUGAUAAUGAGGGAAAAUUACAGUGAUUAUUAUAAAGUGAUUAGUCGCUUGGGUUGCUAAGUUGUGGUAAAUGGAGUAGAAAACUUAAAAAAAAAGAGGGCCAACUUUUCAACAACUCUUGAGAUGGUUAGUUCAGAUGGUGUUUUGCGGUACUUAAAGGCCCAAGUGAUGUUUGCUUUAAUCCUUUCAACUUGGAGUUUCUAUCAGAAAUGGUAUAAAGCCCAACUUAUUAUGUAACCCAAUAAUAAACUACAGAAAACUGCUGUGCUUCAGAGCCAGCAAUGUGAUGCAACAGCCUCAUUUUUUCUGUGGACAUAAAGUCUGUGCCAAAACCAUCUUUCUUUGAAACAAUCCAAAACUCAUGUUCCUCUUAUUAUGACCAGAUUUUACCUGCUUCUCAGGCAGGAACAAAGUUGAUUGUGAACUGUUAUUUUCUUCUAUAAACUCAUUUCAGGAGCACACCCCUACAACACUAGUGAAUUAAUGAAGCAUUUAUGAUUGCCUUAACAGCUGUACAGCUAUUUCUUACCCUGUUCAAAUCUGAAGGGUUAUUUUCAAUGUUGUAUGGCUUUGCUCAGUCCACUGCAGGACCCCUUAGCUUUAAUUAAGCUGAUGUUACACCAGCUCAGCUCUCGGCCCCUCCUGACAUCCUGUGCUUUUUCUCAAAAAGUGACAGAAAAUAAUUCUAUUUUACACAUAAACCUGCUGUAAUUGGGCUUUUUAAGUUUAUUUAAAAUAAAUUUAUUAUUUAUUUAUUAAUUGAAUGGGUGCAGUUUUGCCUUUAUUUGAAAGGAAAUCUGAAAAAGACAGCAAUGGGGUGCACACUUGAAUGGCACCACACCAGCACCCCAUAAUUGUCAUUUUGUCAGCCAAAUCAAAAAUCUUGAAUUUUAAUCAGUUGAAUACAGCAUCCAAUUGGAAACUCUACGGUUUUUCUGGCUUUGCCAAAUGUUUCACUCUCUUUGAACCCCAUACAGAUACUGUCAUGUUUCUAUAAUUUGUGCUGACAUGAUAACCCUAAAAUCAGCUCUGUUUUUUCGCUUUUUUUUGGCAGCUGCUCGUGGGAACUAGAACAUACAGAACUAGAAAAGCACUCUGAGAAUGCAUACCUCCACUAAGCAGCUCAUGUCCCCCCUUAAACAAGAAAUGCCCUGACUGGGAUUCAAACCCGGGAUCUGGUUGUGAGGUGACAGUGCUAACCACUACACCACUGUGCCGCCCAUCUACACCACUCCAACGACACCCUUAUUUUUGUGUCUUCUGGAUCACAGUAUCCAGAAUUUUGUCUGGAUCACCACCAAAAUUUAAUGGGAUCCUCCUGGGGCUGAGACGCACCUCUGGUGAAAAUUUCAGGUCAAUCCAUCUGUUACUUUCUCCGUAAAGUUGCUAACAGACAAACAAACAAACAAACCAACGCUACCGAAAACAUAACCUCCUUGCUGUUAAAUGCUUUUGAGUUUCUGAUACUGUUGGUAGUAUGAGGAAACAAAUCUAGUUAGUCAAACCAGAGGAUUAGAAACACCACUUAAUGGUUUUUCAAGCAAUGCCAUCUUUAGCUAUCGUCAUAAAUUGAGUUUCAGAGUCGUGGUUCCAGCUCUUUAAUAGUUUGCAGAGCACAUACUGUAGGUUUCCUGUGAUCUUACAGAUGCAGCCUCUCAGGCGGUUUUCCCUGUUUGGCCCAUGUUUAAGUAAGCAGGCUGGAUUUAAUCAAAUCAAGUGAUUCCUCUCUUGUAAGGCUGUGACAUAGUUUUUCCUCCUUGUCACCUCGCAGUGAUGUAAAGUCAGAGAGCUGGCUCAGUCAUCAGUCCUCCCUCCUCUGCUCUGAUUUCCCUUUGUCGCGUCACUUUUUGGAGCUUCCGUGCCAAAUAAUUCAAGAGAGACUUCUUAAAUUCCUGGAAUACCUCAUACUGCUUCACAUUUGGUCUGAAUAGAGAAGCGGCUCCACACUCACCUGUCUCCAGGACUUCAGAUAUUAGAAAAAAAAAUCCUUGCUGAGUGUUUUAUUUUCUAAGCAGGGUGAAUCAAAGGUCCAGCCCGGAGAGUAGACGUGUCUUGUUCAGUGCGAGGGCUGGAAUGUGGUGAGGACAAGUGGAAAUUUCUCUCUCCCGUGUCAAAACAGCCACGGCUAUAGCAGCAACAAUAUGAAGACUUUUCCAUAUUUGAGCUGUUGUGACAUCAGCACUGAGGCCCCAAACCUGACCAAACCGUCCUCAAAUUAAAUCCACUUCCUCCCAGUGUUCGAAAAUACCUUUCAGCACAUGUGCUUCGUUAUGUAUGUGAAUUUUCACAGGCUGUUAAGAUCCUAGCUGGACACUGGUGGACGGACAGGCUGAAGGCCAAGGAACAGUCAGGUUUUACUGAUAAUCUAAAUCUGGGAUAUCAGCCAAUGUCAUUUUUUAUGGUCUUCACUUUGAAAGUAAUAAAGAGAGUCACUUCUUUAUCUUCAGUCAUUGGGCAGGAUGACAAGAUAAAAGUCACCCGUGAAGAGAAAUGUGAAGUACAGCCAUGACUGUAUUCAUCUUCUGCGAGAACAUUAGUAGCCUAAAUCUGUAGGGAACUUUUGAAGCACCAGAAAUAAAUUGGAGUUAGAUGAAUGAUUUCCCAGGACUAAAAAUCUGUAUAGGACAAACAGGAAAACAUGUUGUUGUUGUUGGCAGAGGUUUGCACUUUCAAGGAGUUGCUGUGGAAUAUUUUUGUGACCUGAUGCUGGAAUAACCCAGAUAAUAUUUUCUGACCGGCAGAAAUCAGAAAAUAAAAAGUCACAGGUAUUUGAGUGUCAUACCAACAAAUGUAUGAUACUGAUACUGGGGUUAUUUUUGUGGACGGGUCAUUGGUCAGUCAGUCCAACACCUUGGAUUGAUUCCCAUCAUACAGAUAUUCGUUUCUACAGGAUGAAUUAAAAUAGCAGAUGAUGAAUUUAGCUUCACCAGAAGGUCAAUCUUGCAUGGCCAUUGACCUCAUUAUUGGCAGAUAAUGAUCAGUAACAGUGAUUUUUAGAGGAGGGACAGGCAAGGAAAAGUCUGAUUUGAAAAAAAAAAAAAGCUUAGAUAUUAGGAGUCAAUAAAGCAAAGCAAACAGUGUCAGAAUAUCUAUUUUUAACACCAGUAUCAGAUAGGGAUGCAUCGAUCCAAAAUUUGGAUCAGGUAUUCUUUAUUCUAUGUCUGUCUAUCCUUUUGCACUAAAUUUUUACGUGGAAAUCUCAUUUCUUUUUGCUGUGUGCUAAUGUGCAAUUUGUUAUUUAUUAGAAAAUAAUCUUAAAUAAAUUUAUAACUGUGUUAAUUUAUUACCUUUGUUUUAACAAGGCUAAUGUCAAGCCUGAUGCCUUCACUCACAGGGCAAUGAAUACAGUUCAUUCAAUCAGCAGUAGUAUUGGAUCGGUAUCAGAUAUUGGCUGAUAUGCUCAGCACAGUUAUCGGAUUGGAUUGGAUCGGAAAAUAAUGGAUCAGUGCAUCUCUAGUAUCAGCAUCAGCCCCGACAAUCAGUGCUUCUAUGAUAGAAGAGCUAAAUCAUUUUGUAAUAAAUAUGUUACCAUGAGUGAGGUACAGAAUAUACUUCUGUUACUACUAGGAUGAAGUUUAUUGCGAUUUUAUUAGCGUUUAGAGUGACCCGACGCAAUACAUUUGUAUGUCAAGAAAACGGAAAGGAAUAGCCCAGAGACAUUUAAACGCUCUGAGCUGAUGGAAACUGCAGCAUUAAUUCUCUAUGAAUUUGUUAAGAGGAGUACUUCCACAUACAUGACCUUAGAGGUAAUUUGGUUUGUUUGUAUCAAGGCAGCUACACUGAUACAGACAGACCACCCAGACAUCCAGCAGAACAGACUGUCUCAUCCUGGAUUAUCAGCUAUGCAUGAGAACAAAUCACCUGAACAUUCAGCAGCUCUUAGGUACUUAAUGUCCUGUGUUUUAGAGUGCUGACUCACAGAAAGACAAAGAUUAUAUAUCAUAUAUUAUGGUGAAGUUGGGCUUAGUUUAAGUAACAGUGUCAUGCACACAUAACAACCGGCCAUAUGUUUGUGAUCAGUAUUUUCAUUUGGUUCUCUCUCACAUUGCAUUUCACGUGUUACAUUGCAUAUUCAACAACUAUUCAGUUAACUGAAAGUUGAUCUAUAAGUGAGAAGUGUAACAUUUGCCAGAUUUCCCCUGGUCAUAAGUUUCCAGGAAGCACACGUGUAAUUUAUAUAUUUAUAUAGUUCGCUGUACACUUCCUAAAACUGAUGAAAGCAUGGAAACUUGAAAGCCUUCCAGGCAUGCUGGCAGGAAAAGGAAAGUUGACAUUUACUGCCUGAUAUAUUUUUUUCUUACAUAAUGAUGUGAGUAUUCAUCAGGCUCUGCAGGGGCAUUGUUACAGUUUAUACUGGUAAUAAAAGAAUGAGUGCCUAUCAGAUGUGUUUGGACGAUUGCAGGGUUUUUUUUUCUGAAGAAUUACAAAACUGUAAAAGUGUUGACUGAACCUUUAUUAGCUCUUCCCCCUACAACUUAAACCUGUUAACUGACUGACUUAUGUUUUUUCCAAUUUACUCCAUAUGUUUGGCUAAAAAGAUAUCCAACCAGCCACUGUUUUCCUUCCUUUAUUUUUGCAUUCAGCACUUAGACGGUUGUUGUAAACUAUAGGAUAGAGAGAAUUAAAGAGGGUUACAAGUUGUUUGCACUUAGGAGACAACAUAUUUAAGGUGUAGCCUCUGCACUUUGUCUUCUUGCGAAAGGACAAGUAAUCCUUUCAAAAAGACACUCAGAAAAACAUUACAUAAACAUCAGUAUCUGUGCACAUGCCUUCUGACUAACUCAUGAUUUCUCCGACUAAACUUUGACUAGGCGUCCCAUCCAUCAGCCUCACUGACAGCAGAUGCUCGGCCUUCUGGGUCUCAUCUCUCCUCUGGAUCUCAGCAGCAUCUCGUCUUUAUCAGAGUCAACCAGACUAGUCUACAUUCUCGGCUUCCUCUUUGGGGGGGAAAAAAAAACACACAGGGUCAGAGUCUUAUCUUAUCCCAGUCUCCCCAAAAAAGGGCAUCAUGAGAAGUGGAUUGAGCUAUUUCAGGACUUCCCUUGUGGUUCUGUAUUUAGAGCAAAGUGACAGUAGUAGGCCUGUGGUUUGUUUUGGUUUUUCCCUGGCAUGGGUCAGAGGUCCAUGGGAGUCUGAAAACUUAAGACAAGUCGGUCAAGUACAGGCAGCAGAGCUGGUUCUGCUUUCUCUCUGUUCAGUAGGUGAGUUUAUUUUACCUUUCAGAGCCCUCGGCUCUUCCCCACACACUUUUUUUCUCUUGUGCCAAGUUUUAGAGAAGGCGGUCUAACACGGGUGACCAGAAACCUGCAGCACUCCGGAUUUCUGCCACAAGUUGGACUGAACUCAGAGGCGAAGCUGGGCAUGGAUCCCACGCUCAUACCCUCUGAAAAACAAACACAAAUAUAUAACAGGGAUACUCAUGCACAUUCAUUCGCAAUCACAUCACCGAAAAAUUCUCUCGAAUUGGGCGAGGUUGCCCUUUUUCUGUCCACACGGGACGAUAAUUUCCUUCCGAUGAAGCCGUGUUGUAAUAUUUAUGGAUGCACAUUCUGACACCUCUCCCUAUCUAUUUAUGCAUGUUGGAAAAUAAGACGUGGGUUAUUUGCAGAGUGCCCUUCUUUUUAACCUUUUACUACAGGCAGCACACCAGCACUACGUAGAAACUUCAAUGGCUUGGUAAGAGUCAGAACAGCAUCCGUAAGUGAAGACUUAAAAACAUCUUAAAGUGGUUUUAAAAAUCUAGAAAUUUCAAGAUAUUGAAAGUCAGACAUGUGUUUCUGUGUUAUCAAGAUUAGAUUUGAGGAAAAACUGAUAUGAUCUGAGGAGAAGUAACCUAAUUCCUCCUCCAGGCAUCACUUGGUGGAUAAAAAAGACAGUUCUGCUUGGCAAGGUAUAAAAAGACGUCAAAUCAAACUUGACAAGAAAACAAAGCAACUAUCAGGUUUUUUUUUUACUGAUAUGUCAUGAGGGGACCGUGUGUGUAUAUUUGUGUGUGUGUGUGCCUGAGUGUGUUUGGUGCUUUGGAGCAGUGUACUGAACCCAGCUCAAACAAACAACCUUCUUUGCCAUCUUUAACACUCUCCUCCCAUUUGCUUAGCGAGGGGGAGAAACGGAGCAGUUAUUUAAAGCCGUGCAGAGGAAUGUGAGCGCUAGGGGACUGCACCCACGCCGUGCAGAACCCUGUAGCAGUAGCGAUUAGCCAGAGUAAACAGAAUAACACAGCCUCUGCCAGCACGGGGACUGUGCAGCCUUCAGACAUUACCUGCCACGCGCUGUGCUGCUGAGUGUGGAGUAUCACCGCAGGGCAGGUAUCUGACAUAAUCUCAGCAGAGCACUGUCAGCACUACCUGCCUGUACUCCAGUCCCUAUAGGCCAGGCUGUUAGACAGUCAUUAUAUGACAUCAUCCUAAACUUUGCCAAGAUCCUGUCUUAACUAUCUGGCUCAUUUUCCACAAACAUCUUUGCCAGAGGCGAGUGGCAGAGUAAAGCUGGAUCCAUGCCAACCCCAGAGCUAUGAAAAUCACACAGCAUACUUCCAUGACAUGUGAAAUUCACUCGCUGGUAGCUUUGAAAAUCGCUCUUUUGAGAUUCUCUCUCUGAUCUCUACAGAUUGGAGUCCGCUCAACAACAUCGCCCAGAUUCUGUUGUUUCAGUCUAACUGCGAGAGGUAAUGAAGGCCUUUGGUGACAGCAGUCCACUUUGGCGAAGGGUGACACUAUUGUUUGGAUAGCUGAGGCUGAAGCUGAGGCAGCUCAGAGUUUCAGGGGGGAUGACAGAGCGCAGAGACUCCAGCGAGGAGGAGGGGGGGGUGUAUGCAGGUUUGUGUUUGCAAAAGGCAGUGAUUAUGUCAUUUACUCUGCACGUCUGGCUCAGCUGCAGGAGUCUGACCCAGUUCAUACGUCGCUCCCUCUCACUCCGGCUGGCGUGUGGUCAUUCAGUGCCAGUCCAUGGUAGGCGUAUGUGGGGAUGUGGUUUGCUGCCUCUGGGACUGAUGGUUUAGGGAAACACGUCAUGAUGGCAGCACGUCCUAUUUUUUUCUUUGUAAAAAGUGACUCUGUUGACCAUUUAUGGGCGCAGUGUUGUUUAGUCAUGAUUCACUCAGUAGAAAGGAUUGAUGAAUAAGUGAUGUGCUUCAUUGAGGAUUAUUCAUGAAAAUACUUUUUGAUUAAAUGUAACUUUUGUAGUUUGGAAAUAAGAUUGUCAAAUGACUCUGCAAUGUUAUCUGAAUGAGCCCAUUGUGCUUCAGCUCCCUGCCAAUUUUAGCCAGUUUGAGUUCAUUGUUUUAGUUUGCCCGGCUGGACAUUGACCACAGCCUAUUGUUGAGCUCUCAACUCCUAUUAUAUAACAGAAUCCCUUGACAGCACAAAGACUUUUCAAAAAGGAAAAGAAAAUGGGGUUGCGGGGGUUCAGAGGGAUCUUGAACUAUAGCAAACAAAAUAGACUUAUCCUCCCCAGGAGCUAAAAGUAAGGCGAAUAUUUGACAAACAUUUUAAAAACCAAAACCAUCACUCCAAUGAGAGUUGUUUCAUAUUUAGUUAAUUCCAUAGACUGUAUAAAGAAUGGACAGCGUCUGCCUCCUUGCUAGAUGAAGCCACUCCAAGAACAGCACCCUCUGGUGACGGGCUGCAGUAUAGGUCACAAAUCCCGCCUGCUCCAGCAAUCCCUAUGGAGCUGUGGACAAACUUUAGAAAUUAAUUACAUAGAAUAUAAAUUUUUCUCCCCCCUGUUUGCGAUGUUGACGUGUAGUUAUUGUAAAACUGGUUUGUGCUCAAGUCCUCUUUUUUCUGUACAGCUCUGUUUUUAAAAGUUAUUAGGGGGUUUACAUUUUCUAUGAUUGACACCUGAUACAACCUAUGGGCAUGCAAAGAUUGUGUGGCUCACCUAGGGGAUACAUAAUCACUGUUUGAGCCGAGCGUCAUCACAGCGACUCUUGGCAUCUCUCCCGCCGAAUGCGUACAAUGCUACUGCGCUAGUGGUUGUGUGCGUACGAUGCUACUGCGCAAUGUUGGUUUCAGAAAGUGGAGAAAAAACACUGAAUUACUGAGAGUGUUUCAGUUUCAAAUCCGUAUACUGGCAGAAGGCGGAACCAAGAUGUCCAUAGGAUAUACAGUCUAUGAUUAAUCCUUGCUAAACUUUUAUUUCCCUUUUCUCUCUUUAAAAAAUCUUAAGAUGUUGUAUUUUAGAAAUACGCAGUUGCCAAGAGAUAGGUGGUAGAAAUCAUGUGUAGUCUCCUAUGUAGACAUAGCCAUAGCACAGCAUGAAAAAUAUGGUAAAACUCUAAGGUGAGUUGCAUGUAUGAACCACCACAGCUGUAGUUUUCACAAGUACUUUUUUGCUGUAUUCAUGUGCUUCUUGGAUGGUCCCAGUUUCUGAAUUGGGAGAUUGUUCUUCUGAAUUAGUGUGUUCAUGGGCUCUUUAUUCAGAGAGUUGUGCAACACCUUACCUGAAAUUUUAACCAAGAUUGAUUGGUAAUGAAUAUUUAAAUAGUGCUUUCGCUUAUGUACCUGACUUUUUAUUAAGGGUUAGGUAUCUUGCAUAUGCUAUUAGUUAACUGUCUAAACAGUUAACAACUUCCCAUGGCAUCACCAUAUUAUACAUUCUAUUUUAGAAACAAGUUGAUGUGCAACUCAUGAAUUCAAAGUGUUUCUAAAUGAACAAAACAUGUUGAUGACGAACAGCCAAUGAUAUCGAGUUGGCAAGUCAGGCACCAAAUUCUUGCCAGAGCCUCCAGGUUGUUGUUCUGACUUGAGCAGGCGUUCAUGUGCAUUUUCCAACUCAGACGCUGUUUUUUCAUGUGUCCAACACCACAUGAAUGCAGCACUUACCUGAAAUUUCCAAGUGAAUUUGAGGUUAGUCCAUGUGACAACACAGCAGGAAAAGAAAGUAAGGGAGUGAGCGAGCAGAAGGAGCUGAUACUUGUAUAUUGUGCAGGCUUGAAAGACGGAUGCAUAACAGAAUGAAUAAAAGCGUUAGAGGUUGAAUAAAAAGAAUCAUAUCAAGAGCAGUGGCAAUCAAGACAAGAGCAGUGAAAAUAUCUGCACAUGUACACAUCAGAGAAUCUAUAUAAAUACUAAAGCUGACAUCAUUGCUUCAGCUGUCUUUAUGUUGUAAACAUCACACUUAUCCUUCUGAUGUUAUGUCCUGCCUGCUGACGCUCAUCCCCCUCAUUUCUAGAAAAUAUCAGGCAUGCAUGUGUGAAAGAGGCUUAACAAACAUGUCUUCUUGUUGUUUGAAAUACAGUAGUUUUGUCAAGAUAAAUCAAAGUUUUGGUUUUACUUUAACUUGGCUUGCUUGAAUGACUUGUAGGUCUCAAUUAUGACCUAAAGUGCAUUUGAAACUCAUCAUUAUACAUGAGAGAUGAGCAGGUUCUGAAUGCAGGAACAACUAGAAAAGCACUCGGAGAGCGCAGACCUCCGCCAAGCAGCUCAUGUCCCCCCUUAAACAAGAAAUGCCCCGAUCGGGAUCCAAAUCCAGGACCUUCUGGUUGUGAGGCUAUAGUGCUAACCACUACACCACUGUGUCGCCUAUCUACACCACUGUGCCGCCCAUUGCUUAUCUUUCACCAUUGAAAAUUCAUACGACACCCUUAUUUUUGUGUGUUCUGGGUCACAGUAUCCAGAAUUUUGUCUGGAUCACCACCAAAAUUUAUUGCGAUCCUCCUGGGGCUGAGACGCACCUCUGGUGAAAAUUUCAGGUCAAUCCGUCUGUAACUUUCUCCAUAAAGUUGCUAACAGACAAACAAACAACGCUACCGAAAACAUAACCUCCUUGGUGGAGGUAACAAUCCAUAUUAGGAGGAGAAACAGGCAGAAACUAAUCUGCUAUGAUGAGAUUCACAACAUCCCAGAGUGCUUCAGAAACGAUCCGACCACCAUUGAACAAAUAAGCACUUGAAAAGGCGUUUUCUACUCUUUCAUUUAGGAUAAUGUUGCUAUUUUGGCAAACUUAAUGGUACGUACAUGACAGAAAAACCACUUAAUUCAUCGGGUUCAAUCUGCUUACAGAAGCCAGAGUGACUGAACUUACUAUUUACAGUGAAACUGAGACUCACCAGAGGCAGAUAAAUAGUUGCUCUUUUGGAGGAUGUAAUGAGUCAAGAAAUGAUGGUGUUUAUUUUACAGGCAUGUCAAGAGACUUUUCAACAUACCGUACUUUUCGCACUAUAAGGCGCACCUGAUUAUAAGGCGCACCAUCAAUGAACGCAUCUAUUCGGGUCUAUUUUCAUACAUUAAGGCACACCAGAUUAUGAGGUGCACCAGAUUGUCAGAUAAGUCAAACUUUAUUUAAGGAUUGUAAGUGCGCCUUAUAGUGUGUAAAACACGGUAAUUGCUUCUGUAGUUGCUUUUUGGACAAAGCAGCACACAGACAAAAAGUAUUUACUGGAGGUUUUUGAUUGUUUACUACUAGUUUCUCCAAAAAUUUCGAGUUCACCAUUGAUCCUGGAUGCCUAAGUUAGGAGUGUUUAUGCCAUGGCUGACUGAGGUUAUAAAAAGAAAAGACAGGAAAUGCUGUAUGUUUUGAAGUAUUGUACAAACCUAUUUUUAAUUUCUUUUAAGCCUUGUAAUUUGCUUUGUUAAAACCGCACUUUAGGCAUCAUAAGGAAACUUUGCUCGCAAGAACACGACUCAUUGUGGUUUGGUAUUGUGCAUUCCUGUAUGUGGGUCAGCCAGAAUGACCAUAAAAUGAUCAAAUGUUGACCAAAAAGAGUUUUGGCGUCUAUAUUUGAGAGUCAUAGUGAGUUGAUUCAGUCUGCGCCUGAAUCACAGUGAAAGUGACUCACUGAGCAUCAGUCAUUGGAUGUUGGUGUCUGAAUCGUGCAGACUGGGUCAGUGUUAUUUGUACUUCUACCAGAUUCUGCGUGUGUUCAAAGAAAUGGGCAGAUCAGGCUAUUGUAGUAUCUGUGUGAUGUCUGCAGUAGCUUUCAUUUCAGCGUGUCAGGGAGCUUUGAGCUGUGGUUUGUUGGGCUGUAAUUUGUUGUUUUUGUGCUGGGAGGGUGUGGCUGAGACUGAAAGGCCGCCGUGGGGAGAAAAGGGCCAAAGAUGCGUCAUCUCCCAGACAGACCCAGUAAGAGGGUGGGUGGGCACGGGGCAUUCGGAGGGCAACCUUUCCUCCUCUCUGCCUUCAUUUUUUCUAUUUGUCACUACACAUACAGUACAUCCCUGCUCAGACAAAGACAUUUUUCUGCAUAAAAAGAACAGACUAGUAAUUUUCCCACUACCUGAAAUUACCUGUAAUUUAGAAAAAAAAAGAAAAUAUGUGUCUGACUCUGUGUGUGUUUUUAUAGACAUUAAUGGCUUUUUUUUUAAAAGUAUAUCCUGCUAGUUACACUGAGCCUGCUUACUUAACUGUUCAGGAAUGUACAGUAUGUUUUCCUUUAAGCAGAGGAAAAGUGUGGGAAUCACAACAAUCCCAACAAAAUGUCACAUUAUUUUUCACAGUCUCCCUCCUCUGCCUUUUUCUUCUCCUUACUCCCUCACCUUUCCAUAAUAUAUGAUAUUUAUACAAACUGUGUAUAUAACACAUGUAUCUUCCCUGUGUUAUCUCUGCUGUGAAAAGAUCUGUCUUUCUCCUCCUGGAGUAAAUAAUGAGGUUAUGAAGAAGAAGGAGCUCUCACUCGGAUGUCACAUGAAACAAUCUGAUGAGAAAAGCUCGGAGACAAAGACUUUCUUCCCUUCAAUUUCUUCUCUGGAUUCGGUUUACUCCCCUUUUUCUUGUUGGACUGAAUGCUGCGUAGGAAAAUUAUCCGCUACCCUGCUGUCUUGGAACGUACCUGCAGGCUGACGUUUAAUAUUAAAUACGGUUACAGAGUCCUGACAGCAAAGGACUGAAUCCACGGCUGUGGUUUUAAUAACAAAUACAGCCAGACUAACAUAUGCAGGCAGUAGUAAUCAUUGUUUUGCGUAGGUCUACGUUUUAUAGAUGGGCUUCUGAAUGGGUUUUUCUCGACCUCCUCCAUUUUAGUUUGAGUGAGACAUGUGGAAAAAAGUAGCACAACUGCCUCACAUCCACGUGUCCCUUCCCCCUUCAUUCAGACAGCCAUUCCCGGCUCAUGCCUCACAUUCAUUCAGACCACCAAACAACUCCUAGGUGCGUUUGAUUCUUAAUAACACACCUCCUCUCGUCUGAGGAAUGUGUUAGAUCCAUAAAAGACAAAGGCGUGGUAUAAAACCAAGGGCGGCUGCUUCUGUGAGCUAAGCUAACUGAUGAGGAGAGUCAAUGAGCAAUUUCAGGCAUAAAUUCUGCUAAUGAACUCAGAGGCGAUGAUUUAAAGGGAAAGUCCACUGGAAAGUUAAGUCCUUGUUAUGAUCUCAACUUAAAAGCUUUUUACCCUUUUUCAGUGUGUAAUGUGGUGUAGUCACCCAACCACAGCCGCUCUCAGGCGACAGUACACCCUUCACUUAAUAACUCUCACACACACAUGGACUAACACGCCUGUUCAAACACAGGAUCUGCAGAAAACAUUAAACUUUGUAACGCUUGUAUGUCCUUGACUUUAAUGAAGCAGGCGAACGUAACAGAGAGGAUUUUCGGCUGCAUUUUUUAUAGGUUACAAAUUAUUCUUUCCUUCUUGGGCUCUGAAGAAAAACACACUAGACGGCUCAUCAAAAAGCAGUCAGUGCUGGAGACAUAAAGUCUUAAAGUUAAGUUGUGACAGCCUGAACACUGAUGCUAUAGCAGCCCAGAAACCCGCCUCUUCUUUUGGGAAUGGGGGUCAUUGGUCCAGAGAAACUUUCUUGGUGUCCUGGGAAUCUUUUUGAGAGAUCUCGGGUAUCCCAUCCAUGGUACAAUUUUUGAGUAUUUAUGAGGUAGGCUAUCUCUUUUUGGUGUCACUAACAAAGUAUAGGCCUUUGGUGGGGUAAUUUAUUGGCAGUCCCAAGUGAACCACGGCUGUCUGUGCAAAGCUCACAGCUGAGUUAUUCAGCCCAGAGGACAGCUGGUACUGAUGAAAGUCAGGUUUUAGCUUGUCAUCUACCUCACUUUGUUGAAAAGAAUCAUUGGUUUCAUAACAACAAUGUUACCCCAAUGAGUUAUUGACUUGUCAAGUUAUUGACUCGUUAAAUUAUUGACUUGGCAAGGCCAGAUCUGGGAGAGUUCUCCGGGUACCGGUGACGUGAUGAGGAAUUCAUGCGGAUAAGAACAAUUGCAAAAAAAAAAAGUUUCUCUCAUGAUCUUGUUAAAGUAUCUUGGGAUCGAAUGUUGAAAAUUUAAAGCGUCUUACAGAAACUUUUGCCUUCAGAGUUGCCUUAAUUCUUUGUGACGUACUUUUUUUUCCAUAUUUACAUGAAAGCAUCACACAGAUGCUGCAGAUUUGUCAGCUGCACAUCCAUGAUGUAAAUCUCCUGUUCCACCACAUCCCAAAAGUGCUCUGCUGGUGUGGUGGCCUCAACCACCAACUUGGGUUUUAGCACAGUAAAUUUGUUUCAGUUCACAAGUCAUCACAUGGUUUAAUUUUCUACAUCAUGAUUUAAUUUGAGUUUAUUUUAUUUCAAAGUAAUACUUACCUUUUUGUUUGGCUUUGCCCGAGCUCACCUGACAAAAGGCUGUCUGCAGCUCCAAGAUGGCCUCUUAAGCCCUACCCAUAGGAAAUGGGACAGACCAUGAAGGGGGAGGCAAGGAGAAGCUUGGACUUUUGAUUCUUUACAAACUUUUGUCUUUAUUCUUUCAGUCAGAACUUAGUAUUUAGUUUUUUCUGUAAAUAGUUGGUUUGGAUAGUUUGAUGGUGUUUUUCUGAAUUUGUCAGAUGUUUAGUUUGUAGUCAUCUUAGUUUUCCCCUUGUGUUUAUGUUGGACUAGUCCUUUGUCUAUUUAAACCCCUGGCAUGUAUCACUUAGGUCUGUUUGAUUAUGUUUGUUAGGUUGUAACUUUUUCGCUAAGUUGACCUCUUUUAGUGUGGGCCCAGAUUUUGUUAAUUUUCUACCACAUUCAGUUGGAUAUUUUGUUAUUGAGUUCUACUUUUUUGAGCAAAAUUAAAGGAUCAAGAUCUUUUUCCAUACCUUUGUCCUAUGCUUGGUUGCUUGGUCCCUUACUCUGGUGACUGUGGAGGUCACUGUGAGUACAGUACUGAGUACAGUGAAUUCAUUGUCAUGUUUAAGAAACUAGUUUCAGAUGAUUAGAGCUGUGUGACAUGGUGCAUUAAUCUGCUUGGGGUAAUUAUCAGAAGAUGGUUAACUGUGGUCAUAAAGGGAUGGACAUGGUCAACAACAAUACCCAGGUAGGCUGUGGCAGUUAAACAAUGUUCACUUGGUCCUAAGGGGCCGAAAGUGUGCUAAGAAAAUAUCCCCCACACCAUUACAGCACCAACACCAGCCUGAAGCAUUGAUACAUUGAUACAAGGCAGGAUAGGUCCAUGAUCUCAAGUUGUUUUUACCAAAUUCUGACCUUACCAUCUGAAUGUCACAGCUGGAAUCCAGACUCAUCAGAUCAGGAAAUGUUUUUCCAAUCUUCUAUUGUCCAGAUUUGGUGAGUCUGUGUGAAUUGUAGCUUCAGUUUCCUGUUUUCAGCUGACAGGAGUGGCAUCCAUGUGUGGUCUCCUGCUGCUGUAGUCCAUCUGCUUCAAGAUUCGAUGUGUUGUGCAAUGUGCAUUCAGAGAUGGUAUUCUGCAUACCUUGGUUGUAACAAAUAUUUAUUUGACCUAGUGUUGCCGCUCUAUCAUCUCAAACCACUCUGCUUAUUCUCAUGUGACCUCUAACACCAAGGCUUUUUCAUCCACACAAAAGCCACGCAAAGCCUGUGAUAUUUUCUCUUUUUCAGACCAUUCUCUGUAAACCUGGUUGAGAUGGUUGUGUGUGGAAAAUCCCAGAGGAUCAGCAGUUUCCAAAAUAUUCAUACCAGCUCAUACAGGACCAACAACGAUGUCCUUAAAAUCCCCUUUAUUCCCCAUUCUGAUACUGGGUUUGUACUUCAGCAGGUCAUCUUGACCACCCCAAAUGCCUAAAUUCAUUGAGUUUCUACCAUGUGAUUGGCUGAUGAGCUAUUUGUGUAAACAAACAACUGAACAGGUGUACCUAAUAAAGUGGUUGGUAAGUGUAUAUAUGAAGUAUGCACAUGCACACACCCGCAUGCACAGACACUCUCUCUCUCUCACACACACACACACACACACACACACACACACACACACACACACACACACACACACACACACACACACACACACACACACACACACACACACAAUUUCAGCUGCUCUAAAGGUCAGGGCCUCCCUUGUCGUAUCUUUUGUGUCUUAAAUGUUUCCAUUUGUGAAAUGCCAGGAAAGCAGGCAGGCCAGGUUAGCACCUAGAUUUUUUUUUUUCUAUUACAGGGCUAUGCUGUUUUUAAUAUCUACACAUUGUAGUUUGGCAUCUUAUUGUUGAAAAUAUGGAAGCUGCUCCCUAAAAAAAGCAUACUGUUACUCCUACAUCUGUAUACAAAAAUCCCUUCUCAGAUUUGUGAGACAUUCAUGCCAUGGGCAAUAUUGCAUCCUCAUACUACCGUGGAUUCUAGCUUUUAAGCUGUAAGUUGAUAACAAGCCGGGUGGUCCCUCUAGUCUUUUUAUUUAAACAGAGGGUGUAAAUAAUUUGGAAACCAUCAAUUUCUAUUUUUAUCAACACUGUAGACAAUGUUAGAACUCUUGAGGCACAUGGUGCACCUGUUUUAUAAGGUGAUCUGAAUGUACACCCCUCAGCCUGCUCUUUCACCGGUAUUUGUAACCCGUGAAUGCCUUUUGUAUCAUAUUUGAUACUUUUAUAUACUUCUAUCAAAACAAUAUGAUCAACAAAUUACUAAAAAAACACCCAAAUACAGUCCGAUAGAUGAUAAAAAAUGUCCUCCUGUGGUUUAUUAGUUUCUAAAACGUCUAAUAUAUCAAACAAGAUAAAUAAAGAUAUUUGUUAAAUUUUAAGGACAUUUUGAUUAUUUUGGUUUUCAAUAGUAAGUGAAAUAAACAUUUCAGCUCCAAAAAAAAUUGAAUUUUCUGGCCAUAAUUUGUGGUUUCAGGCAUUAAAGUGCUACACAUUUAUUACUAACCAAGAAUCAUUUCUUUAAGGGAGGGUUUCUGCACUUGCUGUUCGUAGCAUGCUUUGAGCAGCUGGGAUUGCAGGUAAAUCUGCAAAUCUGCCAAAAGCAUGCUGGGAUGUAAGGCACAAUAAAUGAGAGCUAAUUUUCUUGUGUGUCAAAUUCCUCUCAGUGGACUAAGACCCUGACACCUACCCUAAGGUUUCAGACAUCAAAAAUUAUAAGAUAAGAGUAAUCAGUCCUUGCACUGAUGGUUUUGUCACUUGUUUCUCAUUAAGAAGCAUCACUGAAAGAACUCCUCACAAGAGCUUUAAAGAAGAUGAUUACAGUGUAUAUAAUACAAUAGAUUUAGUGGAAACAGAAGAAUCGCACGAGACACUGCCUUUUUUAGUCAAAAUUCUUUGACUAAAACAAACUUAUCAAUCCUGUAUCUAUAAUUUAAUUGGGACAUUUGAUUACAUUAUAAAGUGCACUGAAGUGUGGAGUACAGUGAGGGUAUGUACAUGACCAUUUAAUCAGGUCUGUAUUAAGCAGACCAGGAAUUGGGUGUAAUGUGACUGAUCCUGUUACAUAAAAUUAUCCAAAGACUUUCAAAUGUUUUCAAGCCUCUGCUCUCUGCUUCACUCUUUCAGUCACAAUAAGCCACACUCUGUUUUUUAUGUUGCCAAUCAUUUUCCUUUACAAUUUGUUGUUGCUAUCUGAACAAAGCAUAAUAUAGACAUAGGAAAUAUGUACAUUAAAGCCAUCCAUCCAGCGCACAUCCUCACAUAUGCCCCCCAUAUGCUGUAAUGAUUUCAUUUAAGGUGAAAUACACAGUUUCAUGUGAGAAAAUCAACUGAUCAGAAAGGCUCCCUGCAUCAGAAGUUAUUUUCAGUGGAGAUUUCAGGCUCGGACUCAGUAUUUCAAAUGAUUGCUAAAAGAGGUGUUCUGGCAGUAGCAGCUGUGUGUUGUACUUUGCACUGUGUGUUGCGUGGCACCACACUGGGUUCAUUUCACAACAGAUCUCACUCUAAUGAUCCCCACCCAUGAAGUCUGAAACCUGAUUCCCCUCCUCAGUGUUCAUUAGUGAGGCUUUGACCCUGCCCGUGCUACAUCAAGGAGCCGGUUUCAUUAAGAUAUCUUCCAUGCCUCAGAGCAGACUUUCCCUGCUGUAUGUGGUCUCUCCUGGUCUCUGUGGGCUACGAUUGUGUAAUCACAUUUGGAAAGAGCUACUUUCUGUGUCUGCAAUCCCAAUCUUCAGCCCCCGCAUCUUUCCCACUUUCCUGCCUUUCUAAAUCCAGUACAGGGUUGAAAUCUGAACCAUGGAAACUGGAGUGCUUAUGUCAGAGGUAGUCAGACAAAGUCGAGUUUUUUUGUCCUCUUCAUACUCGGUACUUUGUCUGCAAUCUCUCAGCCUUCUGGCUCUAUUCUGCAUGUCACUGCCUGCUCUCAGUCCCAGUGGUUUAAGACCACUGUCACACAGUGUUUGGUAGUGAGAGGCUGCCUCUGAGGAGUACAUCUAGCUUUAGAUUAAAAGAUUUUCCUGCUUCAUUGUUAACUUUUGUAACUUUCACUAUGCAAGGAUGUCCCCGCUGUGUUUAAAGUGAUCUAGUCCCCUAAUUAUGCUGCAACCCAGACGCCCUGGCAGUCCACACUCCUAAUUACUUCCAUAUGUGCACAUUUGGCUCUACGGCAAAGAGUGGCCUCCUCUCCUUUCUUCCAUCCUCUCCUCUCCUCUCCUGAAUCCACUUUCAGGUUGUUUUGUGUGGGUUUUUAAAUGUCAAUGUUAGACUGUUAGACAGCUUAUGUGGCUACAAACAGUAAGGAGUAGUUAUUGUUUGAAAAUGUAAGCACAUGGGGUCAUUAUAAAUCCACAAGUCAAGUGCACAAAGCAGAGUUUUGUUUAAAGGGCAGGGAAAACUAUAACAAUUAUGUGGUGCAUUGUUUUGAAUUUCCAAGUAUACAUAACGGAAAGUAAAACAAUACCUCACCCUUAUUGCACUGAGCAGUUGUGCAGUAUCUACUAUGAGCUGAAGCAGCAAAAACUGUGGUUAAAACCUCAAAAAUGGAUAACAAAUUUUAACAGUUUUUCAGAUUAUACAGAGUCAAAGGAAGAAAUAUAUUGAAGUGGCUGAGUGCUGAGAGACAACAAUGCAGUGAUGAGUUUGCUGACAGGAGGGCUAUAAUUAGAUGGAGCCUCAGGUACAGGAGCUAACAAAGAGACAGGAAAAUAAUUGCUGCGGAAACAUGGCGAAAAACAUUAUUUCAUUAACUGGAUAAAAGCCGGGGCCAAAACUGUGGUCUGAGAUGGAAUAAUGUGUAGUUAACUUGAAUGUAGUGCUGUCAAGAAAAUUACAGAACUGAGUUCUGAGCUAAAAUGUCACCUUAACACUCGAACAACUUUCAAUAGUUAAUUGGCCAAACAUUGUUUGGGUUAGAUAAAGACUCGUGAUCAAGAUUGACUUUUAUUUCUAUCUAAUCUGGUGUCUAUCGAGUCGAUCUUGAAAAAUGUUCAUUUCAAAGCCCUAGAGAUGUUUACCAAUUUGCUGUCACCGUGUACCAAGUAACCUCAAAAUGUUAGAGGUUGUAGCUAAACACAUCAUACAGCAAUGGGAGGCUAAGCUAGCUAAACGCAACAGCGACUUCUUGUAGCCUCUCCUUUUUACCAUCAGCAUAACACACAGAUGUUUGACCCUGAACUAAAAACUGAAAUUAAAAGUAAUGUUUUUCUAUUACUUUCAAAAGCAAAUGAGACUUUUGUAUAUUUGAAUGUGUGUGUCUGCAUGUCUGCUUUGAGUGGGGAGGUGUCAGACACACUGAGAAAUCAGACGUUUUUGCUAGUUUGUCUGUUUUUAAUUUUUCUGUAGCAAAUUUUCACACAGAGAGAUGAAUGUGAAUGUUAACAGACGACAGAGUGAAAUUUUUUUAUUAAAACGCUACCUACACAUGUACAGGGCAAAGUCAGCAAAGAUAUAAGAUGCAUCACUUUGUCCACAGGGGGCGCCAAAAUCAAUGCGAACAAAGUUACUCGUAGCAGCUUUUACAUGGCAGGAUUUGGCAGCAAACUCUCACUGUUUGAAUAAGAUAGGGAUAAGUGUCCUGUGGAUGUAGAUGUUAGGUACCAUUUUUAUGCCCAAACAUUGACUUAAAAGAACUGCUCUUGAAUAUUCAAUCAGCCAACUUCAUCCGUUUGGUAGAUUGAAUCAAACUACUGUAAAAGAAAGUACAGUUCCUGAAAAUUUACUUUAAACAACCCAGCAUCUAUGAUUUUCCCCCAGAGCUGCUGUCAGUGGUUUUUCUUAGUUGUAGUGGCAGUGUUUGUUUUUAGAUGUCUUUCGGUUUUCUCCCUCCAUUCACGUCUCACUCACAGCUCUCCUCACAGCUCUCCUCUUUCUUUCUCUCUUUCUUUCCUCUGAUUGUUCUAUUGUGGGAAUUUCAGACAUAACUGGGCCUAAAAUAAACACAAUGGGCGACCCAAUAAAGCCGCUGUGAAUACUGAAUAGACCAUGAACUUCUCUCCAGCUAGCAGCUUUCCCAUACUUUUUGGAGAUCUUUCCCAUAUGUCUGAAUAAAGCUGUUAAACAGAUCAAUGACUUCACCUGUUUUUUUUUUUCUUGUUUAAACACGCUGCUGACUGGCUGAGUAGACCUGUUAGCCUCAGCAAAGCCGAAGUUCUGCAGUUCAAAGUGAAUAUGUCAUGGGGCCCAGCUUAAGCCGCAAACUUUACUUUCUGUCUUUAAAAUAACUCUCAGGUUGUUCAAAUGAUUAUCACAUGCCUCGUCUGUCUUUGGGAAAAUUGAUCCAAAAUGAACAAUUCUAGACCUAUGAAUAGAUAUAUUUAGGAAAGUGAUGUUUUCCUGUGCAAGGAUUUUGUUGAAGAACCUCUUUUAUGCUUAUGUUGCUUUUUAAGUGUAACUUUUUCCUCUAAUGUGACUCACAGCUCUGAACUGUUGACCUGUGUGAGUCUCUGGCGGUCUCUGUAUAACACCUCUCCCUCCCCCUGUCUCUCUGUCUGCAGUUGUGUGUCCCCUGACAUGCUUGAAUGGAGGAGUAUGCAGCUCGAGGAAGCACUGCCAGUGCCCUCCAGGCUUCACCGGCCGACUCUGCCAGUUUCCACUUCGGCAGACGCAACAAGCGCAAGCAGCACGAGGCAACGAGUCGCCCGUCUACCCCGUCGCUUUGAAACCAGACAGCAUGAAACUAGGGGAGCAAACAAGCAUAUCGCACACACAGCUGACACAAACACACUCAGUUUUCACCCUCCCUUUUUCAUCUGAAGGUAUCUAUUAUAUCAAUUUUUUAUUUCUUGUUUAGUCUUGAAAGUAAAGUAGGUUUGUUCUAUUAUAACAGAUAGCUUGAAUGCUUAUGAAGUAGCGCAUACUGAAUAUAUUUUGAUAUUUUGAAAGUAUACUACCCACUGAGCAUUUUUUGGUCUAAAGGAGGUCUAAUAGAUGUCUGAAUGUAGCCUAGACGACUGGUCUAAAAUCAGGCUACCACAGGUCUAAAUUUAGACCAAGUCUAAAUCUGGGCUAUAUCUAUACUACACUGUAUAUUGCUCAACGACUAUCAUAAUUAUUUUGGUUAGGUACUUGGAGAUCAGUUACGCAUCUCACAGUUGCUUUUUGAAAUAAAUAGAUAUCAAAUGCAACAUCUAAAUUCCAUCUAAAAAUAUACAGAAUCUAGACGGUUGUAAUUAGGUCUAAAAAAAAACAAAAAGCAAAAAACUAGACGUCUAAUAGCCAUCUAUUUCUCAGUGGGUAAAGCCUUUACAUGUUGGGGUGGAGAGAGGACAGACAAGACAGAUUCCCAAUCUGUUAUUUGUGUGGUAUAGAAUUGCUUCAGGUCAUCUUAACUCAAAUACUGGAAACAAGUAGUAAAAGUGUUUAACUUUUACUACAUCCAGCAUCUUUAAUAUCUGUACAAAAGAAAAAAAAAAACAUUUACAUUUUUAAAAUGAGACAAAAAGUUAAAAGUAGGAUUUUCUCGCAGGGUUGGACUAGCUUUCUCCCUCUUGUGCUCAGCUAACAGGUUGAAACAAACUGUAUUAAAGUCUUGAGUUUGUUAUUUUGAUGCCUUCCUGUUCUUCGAUUUCAGUGCAGGUAAAUUUACGUGUCCAUCACACGCCAGACACCUCCGUAGUCAUUCAACCUAUCGACGAAUCAGACGUCAAGCCUCCCUCAAAAACAGGGCCUCGCCUGAUCCCCACGGGUCACAAACCAAAGGGGCGCUGCUUCCAGGAAACCACGCCAAAACAAGCGGUGAGGCAUUUGUUGUCAAACUCACUGCACUGAUGAACAACCCUGACAAUAUUUGUUGUGACCCUUUCUCUGAUAGAUAACUCUUCUUCAUGUUUCAUUCUGUAGUGCAACAGCACCCCACUUCCUGUCCUGACCAAUCAGGAGGACUGCUGUGGCAGUGUGGGCAACUCAUGGGGACAAAACAAGUGUUAUCAGUGCCCCAAACUUCCUAGUGAGUAAAAGUGUAUGAAAGGAAUUCUCUGCUUUUUUAUUUACAUCUUACUCAGACUUUCAAGCUGAUGUAGUUGUUGCUUUGUAGAAUCUGUCCACUGUGUUGAAUUUCUUUGUUACAGUCAGAUAAAAGGACACCAAGUUAAGAGUUUUUAAAACAAUCCACCGUUUGUGUUUUCCCGAAAAUAAAUUAUUGUUUAUCGGGCCAAAAAAUGUCAAGCAUUCUUAGCAAUUCAUUCCAUUCAGCUUAUGAAAUUGCAGCCCCAGAUUAAAACAAUCACUUCAUACCUCUAUAAAAGCGUGUUCAUGAAAGUUAGUGGUAAAGUGGGGUGUGGAGUCUGUGAAGAGUUUGGAAACGGAAGAAAUUACGGGAAUUACACACAGACAGUGAGACAGAAAGAGAGAAUGUGGAAAAUAACCCUCCACUUAAACAUGUUCCUAUGAGCCUGCCCAGUGCAGGACUGUCAUCACAUUGCUCGAGAUUGAGUUUCAAGAAAAUCUUGGCUACUCACGUUUUUCCACUCCGCUAUUAUUCCAUCUCCCGGUUCUGACUCAGACAAUGCAGCCUUUGACAAAACCUGAUACUGUACGUCUGGUUAGUCUUUAUGCCACUGGAUUCCUGCCCAGAGCGCUGUCAGCUCUGCUACUCUCAUAUUCAUUUAUUAGCUUCUCUCUUUUUGAUGGAAACGGCUAAAUUGAGCUGAUACUCUCCUGUCAUUGUGCUUUGAAAAUGUUCGUGUGAGUAGUACAGCCUUCCCACAGCUCUCUAAUAAAACAGCUCGACAUGUUUCUACUCCCUCAUGGAAAAAAAAGAUUUUUCUGAGUAAGUGCUUCAAGGCUUACGAAGAGAACUAAUAGAAACGUGAAUAAAACAUGAAUCAUGAGCUCAUGAAAGGGAAGCUAGUCCACAUCAAAGACCCACAAAAGCUGUCACUUGAGGGAAAAAAAAGGAAAAUUAGACGAAGUCCAACAGGAAAAAACUGAGCCAAAAUGUUACGUUGUGCCUAUUUUAAGUUUUGGAGGCAUGCUUGGUUAUUUUUGGAAAAACAAUGGAUGAGUGGAUCAGUACAGCAAAUACAAAGUGAGCUACCAGUUAUCCCCAUAUUAGCUUAAAGUAAAAACUGGACACUUAGAAACAUUACACCUCAUUCUAUUCAAUUCAAAUCUACUUAAAAAACAAAACAAAACAAAAACUACUCAACCUUUCUCGGUCUAAGUUUCAGAGAUGGAGAUAGGUGGAGUUGCAGAGCCAUGGUAGCUGCUCUCUGUUUUUCUUUUUCUGCUGAGCUAAACCAGCUAGCUGCCAGCUAACAGAUAAGAAAGUUGUAUCAGGACUCUCAUUCCUCUCCCUGCCUCCAAGUAAAGAAGCAUAUUACUUAAAAAUAUCAAACUGUUGGGCCGCAGAAAUGGUCAAAAAUCUAACUCAGCUUCUAAACUGUGACUGUAAUGAGAUAAUGAAUCUCAGAAUUUAGGUUUGAGACUGCUGCAUACAGUAUGCAGUCAUGAAAUAGUUGGAUAGUGUAGGAAAUUUUGCUUUGUAGCAAAAAAACAUAAAUUGUCUGAUGAAGAGCAGUUGUGAAACAGUAUAUUUAGUGUAAUUUGUUUUACCCAUCAAAGAAAACCACUGCCACAGUUAUUUCCCAAGCUUGGGGGAGACCAGGUCUUGUUGUUACAUGGGUAAGUUGUCACGUUGCAAUUAUCUUUGCCACCAGAGGACACAACUAAAAAGUGGAAUACUAGUUGUCUUCCUUUACAUAGCCAAGGCUCAUAUCCUGUCUUAGAGGAGAUGAGCACAUUGCAGCUGAGAUGAGUGCCAAUAAACCAUUUCUCAAAACCCAAAGUAGAAAAAAAAAUAACUUUAUAUAUUUUUUAAUGCUUAUAACUCUGCACUGACACAAUAUAUGAAAAUUACAUGAAUACAAAAUAUAUACCUAAGACUUUGGUCUUUCAUCUGGUACACAUUUUAUUGAUAUAUGAUGUAUUAUUUUCAUGAAAUAUAUAAGACUGUAAAAAGUGUGACAACAAGCCCCGGAAUUUAUCAUUCAUCGUAUGAUACUGAAACACCCAUGCCUCACUGAAAAUGGCAUCAUGUGUAAAGAGAAGAAGGGGAAAAAAUCAUAAAUUAUUUUGGUUACUGUUUGGUUGCAUCCCUUUUUCUCCUCAUCUCUCUCUGAGAUUUGGUUUCUUUUGUCUCUUUAUAGUUGCAUCAAAGUGAGCUGUACUAUUUAAGAAAUGAGAAGGCUGAAUAACUGUACAAAGACGGUGCAGUGUCUUUUUCAGGCUGUUACAAAAGUUGAUGGAUGUUUGUUGAUUUGUGCUGUUUUAAGAUGAUGAAAAAAAGUCCUGUAAAAUCUUAAUUACCUUGAACUUCAAAGUUUUUUUUUCUUAUCCAUAAAAGUAGCACUUAUAGAAGCUGAAAUUGUUAUGCUAAAAGUAUUCAAACUUUAACAACCACUACUGUGAAAAGUUUUUGCAUUUUUAUUUUUGCUACCAUCUGCCUGCAGCCUAUCUCUAUAAAUGCCCGAGCUUUUCUCACCCUCCUGUCUGUGCUUUGUUGCGUCUUCUCCUCCUUAGAUGCAUCUGUCAAGCACACCAUCGUAGAGGACUACGGCUCCACAUGUCCACAAGGCUAUAAAAGAUUUAACAGCACUCACUGUCAAGGUAACACUACCAGGUCAUAAGUUACCACAAGAGCAAAGCUAAGUGUGUUCAUGUCACACCCAGUUUUUUUCUUCGCUAAUUAAAGCCACAGGUUCCUUCACUUGCUUUCUGAAUAGACAUCAUUCAUCACAGUGUAUGACUAUAACCUUGAACUUUUAUUUCCUUCCCCUUGUCCAUGAAGAUAUCAACGAGUGCUCGAUACAGGGCGUCUGUCAGAAUGGAGACUGUCUGAACACUCUGGGGAGCUUUAAAUGUUCCUGCAAGCCCGGUUUGGUUCUGGAAAGGAAUCGUUGUGUUGGUGAGUCAGAGGCUAUCCAGGAAAUGUCUCUCUUUUAUGCUUUUCAGAAUUUCAUCAUAAAGCAGGGCUUUUUAAAUUAAACCCUGUUGUGUCCUUGUUUAGAGUCUCCAGCAGAGCAGGCUCAGUGCUUCUUGAUAGCGUCACCCAACAGGGGCUGUGAACACGCUCUGCCCACCCACCUCACACAGGAGAUGUGUUGCUGCACUGUGGGUAAAGCCUGGGGCCACAACUGUGAAAGAUGUCCUCAGGUGGGCACAGGUGAGUGGACAAAGAGAGGCAGGCGAUGUCUGAUGUUUUGACUAAAUAAAUGAGUGGAGAUAAAUCAGUCAUGUCAUAGACCGGUCUACAAGUCAGCUUAAAUUUUAAUAUCUGUAUUUGUUUUUAUUUCUCUCAUAACAUUUAAAUGAGUCAUGAAAAAUACUCAAGAAAAUGAUCUAUUAUGUUUGCUGUCAUCAAAAUACUGAAAUGAUAAAAAAAAAUAAUAAUAAAAAACUGGAGGUGAUUUUAACCUUCCUCCUGUGUUAGCUUCUACUACGCACCCACUGUGUUAAAGGUUGGUUUCGACCUGUGUCUUAAAUCAGCUGUAAAUUACACUAAAAACAAUUCUCUAUCAUCCAAUUUGGUUCUCAUCUGUAUGUUAUCUUGUUAGCCUUCAUUAGCCAGGAAACUAUAGCUUAUAACAUUUUUUGCUGUGGGCCUCUGGGCCUUUCUUUAUCAGUGUACCGCUCACACAGACAUCUGUACUGAACUGAUCUCACAUGUCAGGACAUGCCCGACACGGUUUUUUGUGCAGGAAAAAACAGGGAAAAAUUAGAAUUUCCCAAAUCUCACAUGAUUGGAAGAGGAUCUGACUGUCAGUGUGGUGCCUGACAGUGCACAUAUGAUUUUAAUUUUUGCUGUAAUUAUUAGAUAUUAAUCUAACCGGGUCAACGUGACCCUAACACAGCAAGUGCCACAAUUUUAAUAAGAGCAUUUUAUAAUUUAGUCAAUUUAAUGUCUUUAUUUCUAUUUUGUUGAAAUAGAGGUUCCUGAAAAAGUCGAAAAGUCUUGAUGCAAAAAAGUUAAAGUGGGUCUUUUAAGCAUUUAAGACCAAAAACGGGUCGGUGCAGACCCUAACACAGGAGGAGGGUUAAGACAUGACAGCCUGCGUGGGUUUGCAAAAUCUCAGAUUUUGAAAAAAUUGAUGAACUCUCCUCCUUUCCCUGUGCUGCUCAGUGGCCUUCAGUAAGAUCUGCCCAGCAGGAAAAGGCUACUUUCUCCAGAACAUAAGAGAGACUGUGGCCUUCCCUCCCAUCAUCUUCCCACGCAAGCCUGAGAAGAAAGGUUAGUCCUUCAUACUUCAUCACUCAUUUUCAACAUUAAGUGUGAAUCAGGUGAGCUCACUCUAUUCAUUCCCCUCCAUCUCUUUUUUUUUUUCUUCAGAGCCAAAGUUGCCGGUAAGACAUUAUCCUGAUUUUAAUCCAGCCAUUAGAAAAUGGUUAUUUUUGCUGUUACGGAAUAAGGCAAUAUCUCUUGACCAGGAGAGGCGUCCAGAAAUGACGACUGCAGCUCAGCAGGCUCCGACCAGCACCAUCAGUGUUCGUGUGCCAGGUAAACUUACCUCUUUAUAUAGAUCUACUAUCACUGUAACACUAACUGAAAGUGACACAGAUGUUUCCCACAUGUGUGGUGAUGACUAAAAUAACAGGACUUAAGAUCAACAUGUCAUACUUCCUUCUAAAGUUUGUCCUCCUCAACUCUCCUCUGCUGGAUCCACAGUUGUUAAACCCACCCCUCCAACAAUCAUCAGAAUGACCCCGGACAAAUACCCCCUCGAAACACAGACCAAAGUCUUGCGUGAGUUCCCUGCAAACUUCAAACUCACUCAAAACAUCAGACAUCUCUUUAGCUUUAAGCAUAUAAGAAGUUCAUUAGUUUUAAGGCUGGUUCAUGUUUCCUGUGCUCCAAAAAAACUGGAAAAACCAAGCUCUCCAAAUUCCCCUGAAAAAGUAGAUACUUUGGUGAGCUUUUGGUACUUCCUUUAAAGUGACAUGUUGACUUUCCCCACAUAGGAAGCCUAAUUUAUAAUGGCAUGCAAAUGAGUCAAUCGAAAAAUGAAGAAAUCCCUGUUGGUAUCAUAACUUCAAGAUUGAGUGAUAUCUAAUCGUUUGCAUGUAUCUGCACAGUAAAGUGGCGGUUUUGACACUCUGCAUGUUGUGUGCUUUAAACCCACGAAGCAUGAACCAGCCCUGAGGCUUCGUUCACUCUCUCUUAUGGCAGAAAAGUGUUGCCAUAAUGUGCAUACAUUGCAGGUUUUUCAACACACACUUCCAUUAAACAGUCUACAAAGACAUUUCAAUGAAAAGCAUUGAUGAAAAUAAAGAAAAGUCUUUCCUGUUAAUGUCAGAAAUCACUGCUUUCAUUUUUCUGCUCGAAUCUUUUCCUUAUUCUGACUUUUUUUGCAUUGAUUUAGAAGUAGACCCCUUUAAGGAAUGCAAAAUGUAGUUCACAGACAUCAGAUGUGCUUUGUUGCCCAAAUUGAUUGAAUUUCACACACACAAGGAAAUGAGGUAUGGCAUGGAUGCUGUCGGUAUGGAAGUCUUAAACUGUAAGUGAAAAAAAAAUCUGCUGAUCCGUUUUCAAAAUCUAACAAACUGUUUUCUUAUACUGGGAAAAUGUGCUCUUAAACAUACACAAUCAUAGUUCUUUUCUUAUUGUCAGUGAAUAAGGUGUAAAAAAAGGGACACGUGGAAAAAAAACAUUUCUCUUGGAUACCAUUUUAAAGUUACUUUUUGAUGAGAAAUAUUGGAAUAAGUUUCAACUGCGAAAAGUUUACAGGGAUCAUUUUUUAAAUGAACUUUUUUAACUUAAAAGAAAAAUGUGACAAAAGGCACUUUUUUUCAGUACAUUCUUUAUCUUGUCAUUUUUAUCAAAGCCCUGAUUUUGGCCUUCAAAGGCUCAAGCACAUCCUACUGCCUGUUCUAUACAGUCAUGACAGCAGUAAUGAGAUUUACUAUUUAUUUAUUUACAUAUUGCUUUUCAGUAAAAAUGAGCCCUCAAUUUUUUACAGCCUACCUGAGAAGGAAGGAAAAACUUUUCAAGAGCCAGCAAAACUUUACAUGCAAGAAGCAUUUUUUUCCUAUUUUUCAGGUCAUAAACAUUUUGGAUCAGAGUUUGAAAAUGCAUCACCAAGAUUCUUAUCCUCACUUGCAUUUAAGGCUUCCGUGUAACAUCUCAACACAUAAAUAUAUGUUAACAGCUGUAUUAAUAUAUAUCUAUGUAGAAAUAUGUUUGAACCCGCUGUAUAUAUGUGCAUGUAUAUAUACAGUCUAUGAAAUUUCUCCACUCCUUUUUCCCUCUUUGAAGCUGAUACAGAUGAAUGCAAGCAAGGCAGGAACAUUUGUGGUCCUGGAAAGUGUGAGAACAGCCCCAACGGCUACAUCUGUCUCUGUCACCCCGGCUACCGUCUCAAUCCGCAGAGGAACAUCUGUGAGGGUAAGAGACGACGGUGGAGACAGUGCAGGGAUGGAACUCUGAUGGAUUGUGGGAAGAAAUUCCUACUGAAGUUUCUCAUGCACGAGUGGGUGUCCCCCUGGCAGACGCAUUAGCUCGCUCUAGUUCUAAGAAAUCUACACGCCACCUGCUGCUUCAAGUUCACGUUAUGAGCUGUGAAGAAAUCGUGUCCAGCAGCUCUUGUCCUGUGAAAUUUAAAAAUAGAUUCAUUUCAGAAAUGAUGAAAGAGAAUGUAAAAAAAAAAAAAAAGUCUCUACAAAGAGCUGCCUCAACCUCAUCAUACCUGCAGUGUCUUGUUGCUUGUCAGGCCUUAUUUACAUGUUUAAGUAUAAUCAAAAUGAUUGAAGCAACUAUGUUUUGUCAGCAGAGUUAAUGUUUAAAUUAUAGUGAUCAAAGUGGUGUGUUCUAAAUGGAGUUUAACCAGAUUACUGCUCAGUUUAUUAUCAGAGUGUUGACUUAGGUUUUGAAAUCCAAUUAUUUCAAUCCAGUUUUGUAUCUAUGUAUUGAAAACAAAGGAUUUUUGUUAGACUUGACUUAUGGGACUAAAAGUUAGGAUAUAAAGUCCUCUGUGGCCCCAGUUUGGGUCACUUUCGGAUGAAUGAAUUAUUAGUUUAAGUAUAUCUUUAAGGACCACAUAAUCCUGGUAAGGUGCUGACACACUGUGCUGGUAAAGCCAACCAAAGGCAGAGGCGGUAUUGGCUGAUGAAGCUAACCAGGACACAUACUUAACUAACCAAUAAAAUGUCAAAGAUCCUCCAAGUCAGCAAAGUCCACAGCAGAAUAGAUUCCUGUGCUUAUAUAAAGCCAACGCCCAUGGCUUUGCAAAUUUUGAUGCCUCUUUAGAUAGUGUUUGUCACUUAUCUUCUUUUGUUGUUCCUCCUUUGAUCUAUAGAUGUGGUAAAAAAUGCUGUGAGAGCCCACGAUCAUCAAUAACUUUUCAACACAAAAUUGUCACCAAAAAAAUAAAACUUUUGACAGCAAUUAGCCUGAUGAGAAGAAACUAUUGUGACAGUAAACUUGUUUUAAAAAACUUCAUCAUAUUAAAAUUUUAUAGUUUGGUUCAUGUCCCGCCUGUUCUUGUUAUAGAGGAGGUAGGCUUUACUACCCAUACUGCAGUCAGACACCAGGGGGAGCUCUAACAGCACUAGCUUCACUCAGAUAAACUGUUGCUCUGCCCGUUAUUUUAUAUACUCCUGGUCACAGCAGGGUGUACAAACCCAACGCUUUUUCACAUUUUACAUUUUGGCAAUUAAGGUAUUCAGGUCUUCUUUUUUUUUUGUAAUCUUUAAACGCUACUUACAUAUGGACAAGACAACAUAUCAUUUGUCUUCAGGGGGCGCCAAACUCAACAAAAACAGAAAGUUCCUUACUGGAGUUUUAAAGGUUUGUACAACCAGGACAUGUUUGGGGAUGUAUCAGAGUAAAAAGUAAAACUUAAGAGCCAUGAUGGGUAUUUCUAUCAAAACUUUCAUGUACUUUUUAUUACCCUAAAGGUCCUGUGAGGAGUUUUUGAAAGCUUGAGCAACACUGGCAUAAACACCAGCAUGUCUCCAUGAUUUACAAAAGCAAAUGAGACCGUUGAUCACAUUGAUUUCUAUGUUGUAAUUUUUAAUGCCCCCAACAGCUGUAAAUGGGCAGGUACACUGACAUACGGCCUUAGUUUUUUUUAUCCGGAAGAAAAUACUCAUGGUGAAUAAUAGAUUUCACCUUGGAUGACACGAAAUCAGCGACAAUGAAAGAGUUACCACUUUGACCACAGGGGGCUCCAAAGUCAACAUAGACAAAAAAAUCUUAAGUGGAGCUUUAAAAGGGUUUAUUUGGAGGACUUAAGAUAAAUAUUUUGAUUUUUUUUGUUGAUGAUGCUUCUGUUCUUGUGUUAAGGUGUAUACACAAAGUAGUCUUCCUUUUGUCAGAAGUAAGGUUAACUGUAAAAGCUUUUGUUCCUCAAGGAAGUACAUCUGGUAUGUAAGGGAGAGUGGUGUCACUGAAAAAAUAUUCUUGAAUAUCUGAUGCAGAAGUCUUCCUAAAAUCAGACUGCUGUCUUCUGAGCUUUAUGAAUGUCUACAAGUGUCUGCAAUAUUAAACAAUGUUUUAAAAUGUUGACAGAGUGCCUCUCUGUCGUCUCUCUCCUGUUGUUCAGAUAUUAAUGAAUGUGAUACAGAACCUUGUGGUCAUGGCAGAGGACAAUGCAGCAACACAGAUGGAGGCUACAAAUGCAACUGUCGCUUAGGUUAUAAACACAUGGUACAGCAUGGCAGACUCAAGUGCGUAGGUAAGUUAAGUUUAGUGAUUUCUACAUCACAUUGUUUUUCUACAAAUAUCAGAUUGUACAUGAGCGCUUUUGUCUCUGUUCUAGAUGUGAACGAGUGCUCAAAACCAGACAUCUGUGGUGUUGGAGGCCACUGUUUGAACCUCCCUGGUUCAUACAAAUGUGAAUGUCACAGUGGCUUUAGAAGCAGGUCUCACCGUCAGCCAGCCUGUGAAGGUACAAAGACACUGGUUAUUAUGACAUUAUGGGCAUGAGUGCUCAGACUUUAUGAUGACAUUACAGUCUUUAUGCCUGUGCCCUGAUAUCAUGCUUUAGUCUGUGGUUUAUGAAUAUUGGUCUCAGUCCAAACACGGGCUUGUAAAACUUCUCCUCACUUAUUCCAGACAUAAAUGAGUGUUUGAAUCCCGACACUUGUCCUAAUGAGCAGUGUGAGAACACACCAGGCUCUUAUGAGUGUGUACCCUGCCUGCCUGGUCAUGAGGCUCGAUCAGGCACCUGCUAUGGUGAGUGCAACCCCAACAUAAAUCAAAAUUCAUCACUUAUUCACUUAUUUUAACUCUUUGUUAUCUAAUGUGUUUCAACGGCCUUAUUAUUGUGCUCAGUAGUUGGGCAGCUACAUAUGCAGUUUUAAACCUUUGGCAAUAUUGUUACUUUGAUUGUGCAAACUUUGUGCAAUAAAUACUAAGUCCAAGAUAGAUUAUUGAAGGGAGUGGGGGGCACAAUAAGUAAACCUCAGUGUUUCAGUUAUUUAGAAUAUUCUGCAAACCGUGGAAAAUAAAAUGAAACUAAUGAAAUGAUUUUAUCUAUGUGUCUGUACUAGAAGGAUAACAACAUUACGGUAACACUUUACUUGACUCCUAUCUCUAUAACGCAUUAUAAAUAUGUGUAUGAUGUGUUAUAAUGUGUUAUGCUUAUUGUUACAAAGCCUAAUUAUGAUUAAUGAGUGUUUAUAAUGAUAGUUAUACAAGUUUAUAAGCAAAUUAUAACACAUCAUAAAUAUAUGUAUAAUGCAUUAUCUAUGUGGGCAUUGUCAGUGAGUUGUUAACAGUUAUAACUCAUUAUAAUACCUGACCUUGUAAUUCAUGGUAAAAUUAUGUAUAAUGUAUUAUGAUUAUUGCUAUAAAGCAUUAUGAGUGUUUAUAACUAUAGUUAUACAGUGCUAGAACAUGAUUAUAACGCAUUAUACAUAUAUUUACAAUGCAUUAUAGAGAUAAGUGUUACCAAAAGUACAUAUCUUGAGACUUUGCAACAGCUAGCCUUUCAAAACCAUUAAUGUGAUAUAUUUAUAUCUUUAUAUAUCAAACUCAGUAGUCCCCCUAAAAUAAAGCAUGCAUUUUCAAUAGGCAUGCAAUAAUUAUAAUAAUAAUAACACAUUUCCAACCUGCCCAAGCAUGAGCUCAGUUCUAUUGUUGUAAAGUUAGAGGAAAUUGUGUGACAUCCCCAUUUUCUGUAUCAUUGCGUCACUGUAGUUUACUUCCUUCUAAUCUCUCCUUUCUCUUCCAUCAGACAUUAAUGAGUGUCAGAAACCUGGAAUCUGUCCCAACGGGCGCUGUGAGAACCUCCCUGGUACUUACCGCUGCCUGUGCAACGAGGGCUUCCUACCAAAUUCAGACAGCAAAGGUUGCAGCGGUAAGUACUGCUACCAACUUUCCAUCACAUUAGUUUCAAAAUCUUCUUAUUGAGGGGUGGAGUGAGUUCCUCGGGUGCUUAUAAUGUGAUAAAGAAAUCUCAGUGGCUAUAAUUUUUCACAUUAGCUCAUUUGUCGGUUUCUCCAAACAGACAUUGAUGAAUGUGAGGACCACAGGCUGUGUGCGUACGGUCACUGCCUAAAUACAGAGGGCUCCUUCCAGUGCCAGUGCUACCCAGGAUACCAGCGCACACAGGAAGGCAGCCACUGUGAAGGCAGGAUUCAUCCCUCAAAAUCUGUGUUUUAAUCAUGCUCAUGUUACUCAAAACCCCUACUGACAUGUUAUAGUCUUCUUAGAACUUAUCGGUGUUGUACUUUCCAACUCAAGUUCUUCUAUCAAGCCAUUAAUGACUGUGGAAACUACUCAGCACAUGCUUCACAUUCCAACAUUGUUUUUAUUUCCUUCUCCUCAGAUAUAAAUGAGUGCGAGAGGCCAUCAAACUGUCAGCGUGGCCGCUGUAUCAACAGUAUGGGCUCAUACCACUGUGAGUGCCAGAAAGGCUACACACUGGUUGGAGGCAGGAGGUGCCAAGGUCAGUCGUUUCAGAUCAUAAAAGUCGAUCCAGCAUUAGAAAAUUAGAUGCUCUCUGUUAUUUGUUGGUACUAGUCUCAGUAGUGUUUACAAACUAACACAUAUGUAGAAGGUUUCUGACCAAGUUAAUGUGAUUGAGUGUUUGGUUGAAGUAUCUUUGAGCGUCUCUAAAGUUCAUCUUUUAUGCAGAAAGAUUAAAAUCUGUCUUCUGAUCAAGUUUUGAGCUUUUGCUAGUUCAUUCGCUCUUUGCAAAAAGAUAAACUGCAACCACAGCGGAGAGUUUUCCACUUUUACAAACCAUCAUUAUUUUGUAUCAUAUUUCGGCACAUCACCCAAAGCUAUUUUUGCAUACAUGCUGUUGACAUCACAUCUUCUGAUGUUAAAUUAUCAUAGAAAAUAAAUCAAUAUAUCAUGUCAUCAAAACCUCUACAAAAAAAAGCACAGGAUCAUUGUUUUGCAGCUCGAUGUUGACGUUUGAUGUGUGACUUCCUUUUCAGACAUAGACGAAUGUGCCACGGACAGAAAUCUCUGCCAGCCCUAUGGCUCUUGUGAGAACAGACCGGGCUCCUAUUUGUGCGUCUGUAAUCACGGUUACGUCCUCUCAGAGGACAAACACAGCUGUGAGGGUAAGCCUGCUCUGAUUCCUUCUGCUUCACUGUAGAGCCGCAUUUAUCCCAAGGCUUUACCCAGGCCUGAACAUGUGAUCUCUGCGUGUCCUAAAACCCAAAAUAUUUAACUCUAAACACAAAUAGGAGACAGUGAAAGCCAGACAACCAUCAUCAAUUUAAAGCUCUAAAAUUAAAUAAAUGCCAACUUGGCACACCAAUUUGAAGUCUAGUCUGGCUCGGUCAUUCUUUUAGCUCCAGUUUUCUAACAUUCACUUUAUUUGCUUGAACAGCAGUUCGAGUACAGACUGAUGAGAAGAAGGAGUGCUACCUGAACCUGGAUGACACCGUCUUCUGUGACAGCGUCCUCGCCACCAAUGUCACCAAGCAGGAGUGCUGCUGCUCCAUCGGGGUGGGGUGGGGAGAUCACUGUGAGAUCUACCCCUGUCCAGUAUCACACUCAGGUACACUUACAGAGAAGUCUGCAAGUAGAGUCUGCAUGGACUAAAACACAAUUCUGUCAAUCAUCCUGCAGAAUAUAAACAUUUGCAUUCUCUACUUACUUUUUAUCUUAUCGACUGGUAAAUAAACUUGUCCGCCUUGUCUGCUCUUCACAGCUGAGUUCCACUACCUGUGUCCAAAUGGGCAGGGUCUCUACUACGAUGAAGGACUAAUGUACAGCCUGCCAGCCUACCAUGGUAGAUAUCAUAAUACUAACUAGUACACUCAAACACUCCCAGGAUCCAAAUUGAUUAUGAUCCUUGAAUGAAUGAAAAAUGAAUGAAUGAAUUAAAUUUAUUUUGGUUAUACAUUAUGUUUUGAUGACAAAGCAUUACAAUUUGUACGAAUCAGAAACUACCAAAAACAAAAUACAAAACAAAAUAUUAUAUAUUUUCUCUUCUGAUUUCACACAAUAUCCUCCACACAAUCAUUUAACCAGCAGGCUGAAGCCCAAAGGCCUAUUUAUACCUCUCCUAAACCUUGUCUAAAAGAGUUUUUGGUCCCUUAUAUUUGUUUCAUUUGUUGUUGUAAGAUGGGUUAACCAUUCUCAUAACAUUCAGUGAUAGUUCCCUUGAUGACCCCUUUUCUAGUCUGCUGCUCAGACUAUAUUUUCCUCUUUUUUUUUCGACAGAUAUCGAUGAGUGCUCUCUGUUUGCUGAUGAAAUCUGCAAAAAAGGUCGCUGUGAAAACACACUGCCGGGGUACGAGUGCUACUGUCAGCAGGGCUUCUACUAUGACAAUAACCUCCUUGAAUGCAUUGGUAAUAAUCAUAAUACAAACUUUAAAUACAAGUAUUUUUGUCACAAAUGUUAUAAAAGUUUGUUUCAAUAACGUAGAGAUACACAAAUGAUGUUCUUCAUGGUUUCCUGUUGUCCCUCAGAUGUAAACGAAUGCCAUGAUGAGUCUCUGUGUACCAACGGUCAAUGCGUCAACACUGAAGGCUCCUUCUUCUGCAACUGCCAUCCGCCCUGGUCUCCAGAUACCAAUAAGAAGAAGUGUGUGAUGACAACAAAAGCAGGUGGGUAAAAUGAUCUUCACCCUGACAGCUCACUCUUUAUUUAUUUAUUGGUCUAAUGACGGAGCUGAUUGUAAGCCCUGAGCUGACGUUUCUGUUCCAUAGACGUGAAUGAGUGUGAGGACCAAGAGAACUGUAAGAACGGCCACUGUGUGGACACACCAGGGUCGUACUACUGCAUCUGCUCCCCACCCUGGACCUUAGCCAUCGAUCGUAACAGCUGUGUGACACCUGAGGAGCAGGCUGGUGAGUGUAGAUACAAGGCAGGGGAGGGCAACAGCAGUUCAUCCUGGAAAAAUAAGUGAAAUGAAAAGAAGACCGUCUACAUUUUUUGGAGCUGAAACAUGUGUGUGAGAUUCAGAUUUCUGAGCCAAGUUGAGAGUUGAAAUUGACAAACCUUUGAGUCUACCCCUUUAAAAAUACUCAAGAAUAAGUAAGAGUCAGCAUAACUGGAAGAUAAUGAUAUCACAUUUAGUAGAAAGAAAGUACAUUGUGUAUUCAGUUUUCUUUUUUAAAUGCAUCAAAGAGGUGAGUAAAUCAGUCCAGUAUGCAAUGCUAAAUCAGGUAGGUGUUUUCAACCAAUUUUGGGUGGCUGAGGAGAGAUUUAGUCAUCUUAAUUUAAGACUUUGAGCAUUUUACUAACAUCAUGAAAGGGAGGAAUUACAGAGGGAUGAUCUUGAAAGUACUCAACAUACACUAAAAACCCAAACUGCUGUGGGAGUAUGUUGUUUAAUGAAAUAUUAAACAACUAACUUCAGUUAAAUCACAGUAAACCAAAAAACACACAAAAAAUGUGUUGAUUCAUUUCCUGUGCUGCUUAAAGUUACCUUUUGGGAACAAUUAAGUUCCUAUUAAAUGAGUGUUAUAGUUGCAUACACUGAAAAUACAAGAAUAACAUACAUGUAUUGCAUCACAGGAGCAGGUGUAGUUCACCUGUUUCACCUGAGGUCAGCUAAAUGAAGGCUGGAAGGUGUUCGAAUGGCAAUGAGGAACACAAUUCAAAAGGCCUUGAUACAAUAAUAUAACCAAAGGUACUCUGCAAAUUUCCAGCCUCUGCUCCACACACUUUACUGAAAAUACUCAGGGAGAUGUUUUUGAUUCUUGCCAUUGUGGCUGAUGUUUUAUUUGGCUUCUAGACUCCCAACAGGUGUGUGGUUAUUGAGUGUUUUUGUGGACUCUUGCAAGGCCUGGUUUGGUGACAGUGGAUGUCAGUGUUGACCGUUUAGUUUGUUGCUAACAAUGUUUGCCAUUUUCAGUCAUAAAAGUAUAUAUUCAUGUUUACCUUGGCUCCUUGUACCAUUAUAUAUUAAUAUGUUCUUAUGCUAAGCACGGGAUUCAUAGCGAUCAAAUGUUAUCAGAUUGAGUUAAAACUACAGACAGCUGGACUUUAAAUAAGUAUGGAAAAUGUGGAAGAUUCCUUUAAACAUGUCUUCAAAGUGUGUGCUGGACCAUCAUUCAUUGUUUUUUGUUUGAUCAUGCCAUAUUUGGUUAUAUACAGCUUUAAGUAGAAAACAAACUAAAAAAACCUCAGCCUCCCCAGCAGAUACUAUCAUGUAUAGUAUCAUUUUCUCUGCCAACUGCUUGCAAAUAUCUUUUCACAUUCAAGAACCCAGUGUUGAUGGAUCCAAACUUCCUGUUGUAACCUAUAACCGUUGUGCAGAUAUGGCAGUGUUAUUGCAUGGAUUUUGCAUGACCAAAACUCACUUUUUAUGGUAAACACAUUAACAGAAAGCAAGAAAGACGUUGAUGGGUGGACAAAUGACACUGUUGAUUACCAACCAAACCAAAACUAUGAGUCUUUUAUUCCUGUGUCUAAUACUUUCAGAUAAAUAAUCGGCUCCAAGCAGAUGUUCAUACUGUAACCAGUGUCUGUGGUGCCCUUUGCAGAUGUGAAUGAGUGCCAGGACCCCUCGUACUGUAAGAAUGGGAGGUGUGAAAACACGCCCGGCUCCUUUCACUGUUUUUGCGACCCUCCCCUCACCUUCAGUGCAGCGCUGAAGCAGUGCGUCUAUGACGGUGGGUAUCAUAGAUGUCAGCUCCUCUGAGCAUGACCGUCCUAAAUGAAUUCAGGCCUACGUGGACAUCUGCCGCUCAUGUUGCUUUCUGUUGUCCCUACAUGUCUCAUCUGGCAUGUACAGGCUUUGUGUUAUACCAUUUUACUUCCUGCAGUCUCAAAAAAGACAAGAACUUGCACAGUGUUAGUUUUUCCUCAGCCUGUCUCCUUUUUUUGAAUAACAUUUGUUUUCUUUUUGUGUUAUUUUUGUGUUGAAUAUAUGCCCAAGUUUUGGUAGAAAAAGUGACAUUUGAAAACUUAUUAUUUAGUAGGAAAUGACUGAGCCUGCAUCUGUUAAUUUUGCAUGUUUUAAAGUGAUUUACAGUGUGCUAUAAAGCAGUGGUUCUCAAGUCCAGUCCUUGAGGCCCACUGUCCCGCAUGUUUUGGAUGUUUCCCUGCUCCAACACACCUGAUUCAAAUGAUCAGCUCGUUAUUAAGCCAUUACAGAGCUUGAUAACGAGCUGAUCAUUUGAAUCAGGUGUGUUGGAGCAGAGAAACAUCCAAAACAUGCAGGACAGUGGGCCUCGAGGACUGGACUUGAGAACCACUGCUAUAAAGGACAGCAGGCCAAGCUUAUCAUUAGAUUUAGCAUCACAGCUCUCAUGAUUCAUGUAUUUGUGUUGAUUCAUUAGUCUUCAAAAAAAGAAACCACAGGGGCUCUGCAUGAUGACCGUGUAGCUUCUUAUAAAUAAUGUCAGAUUGCAGCAACUUCUGGACAGAUGAAUCCUAAUACAUACUACAGUUACACAUCAUGCAAUGACAAAGACAUUGACAAUGGCAGCAACUCCAAUAUGAUCUAAAGUGGGUUGUUAUUAGCUGUCUGUAAAUCAUAAAACAUGCACAAAAAAUAUUGUAUUUAAGCAUUUCAGCCUCUAUGUGCAAUGACAAUGUACUGUAACUCACAGGUAUUAUAUAGGAUGUCCCUGAAGUUAUUUAUAAUGCUUUGUCUGUUAUCGACCAUAAGAAUUCACUUUCUGGCAGAGCCUACAUUACAAACUGCAGAAACCUUUUAGUAACAUUGUUGAAAUAACUGCUACAGUUUGCCUGAAACUUGCUGCAAUAAGCCUCUGACUCAUGUUACCACACUAUUCCCCCACUAUUGUAAGACUAUAGACGGAAGUUAGAAAGACCUCUGUUUGGUUUUUGUGUUUUUCUCUGAAGCAUCAGCCUUGAGUAAAUAUUGGAUGUUGCAAAUAAUGACAGCUGAGGUAUUUUUUGAUUUGCCAUCAAGCUGAAGACUAUGUAUUUUCAAGGUUUCAUUAAUAUCAAUGUCAAAUCACAAAUUUCAAAAAAUUCAAAUAUGCAUUCAAUGAUUCCUAUAUACAAAUUUCUCAUCUUUAUAUUUGUUAUGUUAAGGCAACUCACACUGAGAAAUGCAGUGUCAGGCUUCCAGGCAUCUACUGCUGCCAUAACAAUGAGAAACCAUUAGCUUGAGGCUUCCUAAGCUAAAACCAAGGGGUGCUGAACCUGUGACCGCCUCAAACUGCUUCAAUCUGACACAUUGACAUCAAUGCUUCAGAUGAUAAUUAACUCCUACCAAGAUGGCCUACAGUGCUGUGACUACGCUCCUCAUUGCAGUUGUCCACUUCAGCUUAUCACUUCUGUCUCAUGAGCCUUUAGCAGUGGCCAAGAAACUCCGCCCCUUUAGCUCAGCUGCCAUACAAUACAACCAAUCUGGACAGUGUCACCCAAAUAGUUGUAUGUUUGCAUCUUCCAAAUGCUCACGAACCCCAAUCCGAUGCAAAUAUCAGGGCUCAUAACAGGUUGAAUAAAGCAUGAGGAACCAUGUUCAUCUUAUUGUGUCGUUAUUCUACCAUUUACAUUUCACUUUUUGUACUUUAUUUUCUUUCUUCACUCAGAUCGCACUGCAGCCCACAAGGAUGUGUGUUUCCUCCUGGUUGACGAAGAUUUGAUCUGCAGUGAGCCCAGGAAAGGCUUAAGGGUGACCUACUCAGAGUGCUGCUGUCACUAUGGUCGUGGCUGGGGACCUGAGUGUAAUACCUGUCCACCCAGACACUCAGGUGAGACAACCACAGAUUUGACGUGCCCCUUAAAUUGACCUCUAGACUACUACUUUUGUCCUUUUUGUGAGUUUAAUAGACAUUUUUCCAUGUUCAGAGAUGUUCAGUCGUCUGUGUGAGAUGCAUCUGGAGACUGAGUCUGAUGGGGAGCAGGAUUUCCUGGCAGCUUUUGCAAACUACAACCCAGGUGAAAUUUACACCACAUCUGUUUAAAGUCUGACAUGCUUCUCUUCUUGCCACCAAACUGAUUCCUACUUUCAGCUGUCUCUCUUUUUUCCCCUCAAUGCCUAUUAUCUAAAAAAGGUGACAGUUCAGAGGAGGAUUCAGAUGAAUGCAGCUGCGCAAAUGGCCGCUGUGUUCGCUCCUACCUGGGCACCAUGUGUGAAUGUAACACAGGUUUUAGACUGGACCACUCUCGCACCCGCUGCAUAGGUCUGUAAUGUCAUAUUAACAUUAUUUUAAACCUUAUUUUUUUUCAUGCAUUUUCAUAGAGUCACCGCACCAAAAAUAUGUAUAUGAUGGUCUUGUUGAUGUGGAGAAAUUUCUAAGUGCCUGAAUUUCUUUCCUUUUAGAUAUCGAUGAAUGUGCAGAACCAGGAGCUCGUGUAAGUCCAUGUAAGAAUUCUCGCUGUGUGAACACUGCCGGCUCAUACAAGUGCUACUGCAAACAUGGCUUUGUUCCAACACGCAGGCCAAACAUAUGUGUCCGUCGCAGGACACGGUAA